UAAAUACCUUCCACAUCCUUCUCUUCAAUCCAUUCAUACACGUCUAACCAAAAAACGCUUCAAAUUUCCCUUAAUUUUUUAACAAUGGCGUCGUCUAAUUCUUGUUCCAAAGCCCAUGAAUCCGUACAAUCAUCACCAUUUGCUUCUCGCUAUGUUCAAAACCCAACCCCAAAAUUUGUAAUGCCUGAAAACUCCAUGUCCAAGGAGGCAGCAGCUCAGAUCAUCAACGACGAGCUCAUGCUAGAUGGCAACCCACGUCUCAAUUUGGCAUCCUUCGUCACCACAUGGAUGGAGCCCGAAUGCGACAAGCUCAUCAUGGACUCAAUCAAUAAAAACUACGUCAAUAUGGACGAGUACCCUGUUACCACCGAGAUUCAAAAUCGGUGUAUCAACAUGAUCGCCCAUUUAUUCAACGCUCCAUUGGGAGAUUCCGAUGUUGCGGUGGGAGCUGGGACGGUGGGGUCGUCAGAAGCCAUCAUGUUGGCAGGGCUUGCCUUCAAGAGGAAGUGGCAGAGCAAGCGGAAGAGUGAAGGGAAGGCUUUUGAUAAGCCUAAUCUUGUGACGGGUGCUAAUUUUCAUGUUUGUUGGGAGAAAUUUUGUAGGUAUUUUGAAGUGGAGUUAAGGGAAGUUAAAGUUAGAGAAGGGUAUUAUGUUAUGGACCCUUUUGAGGCUGUUGAGAUGGUGGAUGAGAACACUAUUUGUGUUGCUUCAAUUUUUGGUUCCACUUACAAUGGGGAAUUUGAAGAUGUGAAGGUGUUGAAUGAUUUGUUGAUGAAGAAGAAUAAGGAAAGUGGAUGGGAUACGCCUAUUCAUGUGGAUGCGGCUAGUGGUGGGUUCAUAGCGCCGUUCUUGUAUCCAGAGCUGGAAUGGGACUUCCGGCUUCCUUUGGUGAAGAGUAUCAAUGUGAGUGGGCACAAGUAUGGGCUUGUGUAUGCUGGGAUUGGGUGGGUCAUUUGGAGAACUAGACAAGACUUGCCUCAACAACUCAUUUUUCAUAUUGAUUAUCUUGGAGCUCAUCAGUCUACCUUCACUCUUAACUUCUCUAAAGGGUCCAGCCAGGUGAUUGCUCAAUAUUAUCAAUUAAUUCGUCUGGGUUUUGAGGGAUACCGCAAGGUGAUGCAAAACUGUCGCGACAAUGCCAUGGCAUUGAAGGAAGGACUACAAAACACGGGGCGAUUCACAAUAGUGUCAAAGGACAUCGGCGUGCCAGUGGUGGCAUUUUGCCUCAAAGACCGAAGUACCCACGACGAGUUUGAGGUGUCGGAGAUGUUGCGGCGGUUCGGGUGGAUUGUGCCCGCGUAUCGAAUGCCUAAGGGAGCCAAGCAUGUAUCCGUUCUUCGUGUUGUGGUUAGAGAAGAUUUCUCCCGCGCCCUUGCAGAGCGGCUUUUGGUUGAUAUCAUUAAGGUGUUGGCGGAGCUUGAUACUCUUCCACCCAAAAGUGCUGCGAAAGCCAUCGCCUUGGCGAAGGACGAGGAUGCAGCGAAUGAUAGCGCAGUGAAGAAGACGGCAGAGGAGACAGAAAUGGAAAUUGUGAAUGCUUGGAUCGACAUGAUAACAAAGGCUACCAAAAUCACUUGUUGCUGAUUUUUUUU